AUGGCGAAGCCUUCUAAGAAAACGAAAGGCAAAGGCCCUCGAAGCUCUUCCAAGGGCCCAAACUUUGACAAUAGUGCACUGGAUAAUCUGACGUCUACAAUCGACAAAAAGCUUGGCAAACGAAAGCAACCUCCGACCAAGGCUAACAGCGAACAACAUCACAAGAGACAGCGAAAUUCCGAGGGCUCAUCCGGUGAGAAGAGCGGAAAGAUCGACGAAAAGACUCUAUUAGAAGAGAUUAAGGCCCUCGGUGGCGAUGAGAGCGACCUGGCGCUUAUUCAAGAUGUUGAUUCUGACGACGAAGAGUACUCUCAGGGCCCUAAGGAUUCUAGAGCUGUCGAUAAGAGCCUUAAGGAUGAGCUGGCCGCUUUCUCCAAACAACUUGGAUUUGCAGAGGUUGAAAUGAGUGAAGCCAGCGACCAGGAGGACGAGGAAGAGGAAGAGGAAGAGGACGACGAUGCUGAAGAGGACGAAGAUGACGUUAGUGAACGGGAACAGGCCGUGGCACCCAAGGAACCCACCCAAAAGAAAGGCAACAUGGCCUUUGAGCCUCGAGCAGACUGGCAUGAUUCUGAGCUACGCAAACUUCCUGCACCAACUACUGACGAGCCAACUCCGCCCAGAGCCGCUCUGGAUGCUCUGAAACAGCACGCUCAGGCACUUCUGGAGGAGGACGCAACCAAAUACAGAACUAGCGUCUUUGCUCAAUCUUCUCACAAGUUCUUGUCAACAAUCAUGACUUCAGGCACGCUUAGCGACAAGGUGUCUGCUCUCACUCUUGCCGUUCAAGAAUCUCCGGUUCAUAACAUCAGGGCUUUUGAUGCUCUUAUGAGCCUGGCCUCCAAGAAAAGUCGAGGACAGGCCCUUGGUGCCAUUGGCGCGCUGGUUGAUUUGCUUGGCCCCGGCACAUUGCUCCCUGCUGACCGUCGUCUUCGAGCUUUCCACGAUCAGCCAGGGCUUGUUGGAACUUUGCAGCGAAAUCCUGGAAAGCCUUGGGCCCCUGGUAACGCGUUGCCUGGUAAGAUCACGCCCGCCCACUUGAUUGCUUGGAUAUACGAGGAUUGGCUGAAGGCGACUUACUUUCGACUCAUUCAACUGCUCGAAUCCUGGUGCUCAGAUGAGAUUGAGUAUUCACGUACUCGAGCACUCGAUUUUGUCUAUGGCCUCCUCAAGGAGAAGCCCGAGCAAGAAUCUAACCUCCUCAGAUUGCUUGUGAACAAGUUGGGUGACCGAGAUCGUAAAAUCUCUUCUCGGGCGUCGUACCUCAUUCUCCAGCUGCAGAAUUCACAUCCUGGAAUGAAACCUAUCAUUGUCCGGACUAUUGAACAGGAUAUCCUUCUGCAUCCAUCUCAGGACCACCGAUCAAAGUAUUAUGCCAUCAACACCCUGAACCAGACAAUACUUAGCAACAAGGAGCCUUCAUUAGCUGAGGCCCUGAUGCGAAUUUACUUUGACCUUUUUACUAUCAUUUUGAAGACUGGAAGUCUAGGCAUCACUGCGCCAACGGACUCGAAGCCAGGCAAAGAUGACGAUAGCAAAGGUGAUGUUAAACGGAAUACCGGACGACGACCUCAGAGACCGCGAGGCGGUAAGCCAGCAAAGCCCUCAGCUUCUGAGCCCGAAACUGAGGCUGCUGAUAAGCUUGUAUCUGCCAUCUUGACGGGAGUCAAUCGCGCAGCUCCAUUCAUGGUUGGCAACGAUGCUAUCAUGGAAUCUCACCUAGACACACUAUUCAAGAUUGCCCAUUCAGGCAACUUCAACACUGGAAUCCAGGCACUUCUCUUGAUUCAACAAAUAUCUUCAUCAAGAAGUCUUGCAAACGACAGAUUUUAUAGGACCUUGUACGAGUCCCUACUUGAUCCUCGACUGGUGAACUCCUCGAAGCAGGCACUUUACUUGAACCUUCUUCUGCGCGCGCUCAAAAACGAUGUUGAUAGUCGCCGGGUCAAGGCCUUUGCCAAGCGUAUGCUCCAGAUUUCUGGCCUUCAUCAACCCUCAUUUAUAUGUGGACUUCUUUAUCUUGUCGGGCACCUACGCGAGAGUUUCCCUGAUCUUUCGACUUUACUAGAAGAGCCUGAGGAGUCCAUCUUUGACGAUGAGCCCGCGAAUGAGAAGCAACGAUACGAUGGUCGAAAGAGAGAUCCCGAGUACAGCAACGCCAACCGUAGCUGCUUGUGGGAGAUGGUUCCUCUUCAGUGUCACUACCAUCCGUCGGUUACAGUCUAUGCGUUGUCGAUAUUGGAGCGCAAUAAGAAGUCAUUGAAGCCGGACCUUGAUAGCCAUUCACUCAUUCGCUUCUUGGACAAGUUCGUCUACCGAAACGCCAAGGUCACCGAUUCAGCCAAGGGCGUUUCCAUCAUGCAGCCUCUACGGGCUACCAAGGACGCUGGCGACAUCUGGCUCGGCAGCCGUGGAGCUGGAGGUGCCGUGUCGUCUGUGAACUCAUCCGCAUUCUGGAAGAAGAAAGCGGAAGAUGUUCCUGCGGAGGACAUCUUCUUCCACCAGUACUUCCAGCAGGUUGACAAGGAGGGCAAGGAGACCAAGAAGAAUGCUGCAGGAAACGUCGAAUCUGACGAUGAGCAAGAAGACGAAGUUUGGAAGGCACUGGUGUCUACACAACCUGGCGUUGACCCUGAUGACGACGGCUCUGAUGUGGGCUUCGACCUCGACGACUCGGAAAUGGCAUCGGACGAUGACUCGCAAGCAUUGUCCUUGGAUGGCGAGUUGGGCGAGGAUGACGACGACGUCAUGAGUGUGGAUAUCGAGGGGUCCGAUGAGGAGAUGGGUGGUGCUUUGAUAAGCGAGGAUGAGGAGGGAUUCGAGGUCAAGGAGGCAGCAAGCGAGAAGACGAAAUCGAAGCGCAGAAAGCUCAAGGAUCUUCCCAUGUUCGCCUCGGUGGACGAUUAUGCCGAGCUCUUGGCCGGAGAGGAGGAUAUGUAG